AUGGCUUCACAACAGCCUUUCACUGCAGAUGACUUCGGUAUCUACUGUGUCCUCACAGAGUGCACAGAUCACUAUGACCCCUUUCCAGUUAAUGCAGCUGAUGAGAACCAGCCCCAUUUCCAGGGCGUGACUGGUCUGCAGAACCUGGGCAACACAUGCUACAUGAAUGCCAUCUUACAGUGUCUCUGCAGCAUCUCACCGCUGGUGGAAUACUUUCUCUCUGGAAAGUACAUUACCGCUCUUCAAAAGGAUUGCAGUGAGGUUGCCACUGCUUUUGCCUACGUGAUGACAGACAUGUGGCUUGGAGACUCUGACUGUGUCUCACCAGAAAUAUUUUGGUCAGCUUUUGGCAAACUCUACCCAGCAUUUAUGAAAAAGACGCAGCAAGAUGCUCAGGAAUUCUUGAUUUAUGUCCUGAAUGAACUUCAUGAAACUCUGAAAAAGUACCACCGAAGAAGAUCAUAUGAAAAAAGAUCUAUUCCGAGAUCCUGCAGGAAGAUGAUUGCCAACGAGUCCUCCAUCAUCACCCGGCUGUUUGAAGGGCAGCUCAAUUAUAGCAUCAUAUGUUUAAAGUGUGAGAACUGUACCUACAAGAAUGAAGUCUUCACCGUCCUCUCCCUCCCCAUUCCAUCCAAAUACGAGUGCUCUCUUCAGGACUGUCUCCAGUGUUUUUUUCAACAAGACACACUGGCCUGGGACAACCAAAUUUACUGUUCCUUUUGCGAAACCAAGCAAGAAACAGCUGUGAAGGCCAAUAUUUCUAAAGCACCAAAAAUAAUUGUCUUUCACUUAAAAAGGUUUGACAUUCUGGGUACAAUGAAAAGGAAACUGAGGACAGAUAUUCAUUACCCGCUCACUAACUUGGACCUUACUCCUUACAUUUGUCCAAUUUUUCGAAAACAUCCUAAAUAUAACCUCUGUGCAGUGGUGAACCACUCUGGUGAUCUGGAUGGUGGCCACUACACUGCUUUCUGCAAAAACUCAGUGACUCACGCCUGGUAUAACUUUGAUGACACACGAGUCAGUGAGAUUCCAGAUACUUCAGUUCAAACUGCUACAGCAUAUCUCCUGUUCUAUAGCUGCCAGCCCUUUUCUAUACCUAUACAAAAACGCAAGAGUUAGGAAAAUGGUGUUUCCUGAAAAUUGCAAAACUAGCAAUUAGA